GCCACCGCCAUGGCGGAGACGGAGGAGCGGAGCCUGGACGACUUCUUCGCCAAGCGGGACAAGAAGAAACGGAAGGAGCGCAGCAGCCGGGCCGCCGCCGCCGCCGCCUCUUCUUCCAGCGCCGCCGCCUCGCACAACGCCGCCGGGGCGGCCGCGGCGGCCCAAGGUCCCCGCCCGGCUGACGGUGGCGGCAGCUCCAACGCCGCCUCCUCCGGCGCCGCCGGCUCGGCCAAGAGCAAGGAAGAGGAUGACUGGAAGGAGUUUGAGCAAAAGGAAGAAAUUGAUUAUAGUGGUCUUAGAGUUCAGUCCAUGCAAAUAAGUGAAAAAGAAGAGGAUGAAAGUGAAAAAAGAGAAGAACCUGGUGAUAACUGGGAGGAAACCGGUGGUGGUGUAGAUAGAUCAUCUGGGCCUUGGAACAAGUCAGCUCCUGCACCGGCACCUGUUGUUGAAACAAUUGUUACAGAACCCCCCGAACCAGUUCAAACUGGCGGUGUAUACAGGCCACCUGGCGCCAGGGAGGGCGGCAGGCCACGGAGAGCACAGCAAGGACCACCUGAAAUCUAUAGCGAUACACAGUUUCCAUCGCUGCAGUCCACUGCCAAGCUUGUAGACAGUCGAAACCUAACAUCUUAUUCGCUUUCUUGACUGCAACUACACAUUGAGCAGAUGUCUUCAUCAAGCUGUCCAUGGUGAUGCCUAGAUCGUCCCCUUGAAAGAUCACAACUAAUUCAGAAUCCACCAGAGCAUGUAUGAGUGGUUUAAAGCCUUUCCAGUAUUCAUUGCCUUUUUUUUUUUUCCUGUUGACAUCCAUUUGCCACUACUUGCCGAGUUUACAGAGUUAGCUUACCCCGGCAAUCACCAUCUUCCCUAGUGCUGACAAACCUACUAAUUUUCUAUGGGCAUUGGGUUUUGCCACCCUAUAUGUUGAAGUCCUCAGCUUCAUGUAUAUAAUUCACUCUUCUUACCAGUAACUAGCAUGGCAUACUAACUUUUACUCACUCUGACCUUUUCUGUUUUGUUUCUUGUCUAUCUUCUGUAUUGCAUUUUUUUUCUAGCUCAGUUGUUACAGCAUUGAAGUCAUCAAGUUACAACUGUCUGCUUUAGUUCAAAUAAUAUGCCUACAGAAAAGUGUUAGUUAAAAUGUUGUCAUGUUUUUCUUUUAACUAAAACAAGUAACUUAUUCUGUAUCUCUUUCAGAAUAUGUACAACAAUAACAAAAUGAUUCAAACCAUAAAAACAGGCUGAUAAAAAGUAAAAAGAGAACAAAUGCAAUGACAAGCAGCUAAAGUGCAUAUAAGCUAGGCUUUGGGAGAUAUGAUUUAAUUGAAUUGGUUUCAGUGGAGUUAUUCCUUUUUUACGGCACUGGAGAUGAGUUUCACUAAGUGAGAUCUCAAAUGAAGUUCUAAAGUCUAGAUACAGCAGCCAGGAUCAAGUGCAAGAGAGAAAAAGCCUUAACGCAGACUUGUUUUAAAUUUCUGGUUACUCUUUGUUUCUGGCAGAGUUGAAGCAAAUGUCUUUCUUGCUCUGGCCAGCGAUCCAAAGGGCUCAAGCACGCCUGAUGUGACAUACCUGCUGUAAUAUCAAACUGGAUGUUGAAAUUAGAUAUUUGAGAUGAAGGCAGUGCAGCAACACUGGGGGGCAGGCUUAGUCUUUGUGGUUUGUUUCAUCUCUUUACAUUCUCAUCAUGUACUUUAAAGAUCAUCCAGCUGUAAAUAAUGCUAAGUCUUUAAGCACUGACAGCAUUUACCAGUAAUGCUACAUUUGUGAAUACGGCAGAGGUGGUGUAACAGAGGACUCAAGCCUGUUAGGAUAUACAGCCUACCUCUUACCAGCUGUAUUGUCUCAGUAUUGGACUACUAUCAUACAAAACAGCUGCUUUCUGCUAUUAACAAUCUCUGAGGGGAUUAUACCUUGGAUUUUGCUUUCAAAUAAAUUGUAGGUUAGGUAUUCAGUCUGUAGUGCUUACUAGGAUUGCCAAAAAUGAUUGUGGCUGCUGGGGGUUUAUCAAGUUUACAAAUUGGAGGUGAAGUUGUGUGUUUUUUUCCAACCCCUCUGACAGCAGAGGUAGAACAGAUGUAGCAAUACCCUUUGUCAGAAUGUAGUACGUUGUACCUUUUUCUACAUAUCUUAAAAGACUUAGCUGUGCUGCUACCACAGACCAGAGCCCUGUGUGUUAUUUACUGACCAGUCAGCACCCCCCGACUGACUGGCUCUCUGACUGCACUGUGUCCUUAAUCUGGCAAUUAGGUAGAAGGCAAACUGUCUCUGUAAGCUGGCAUGACUGUUUCUAUGUAAUUGGCUCUGCUAUUCUUUUUCCUGCAACUCAGAGCACAGCAGAAAUCUCUCAAGUAUUUGACCUUUUUUUCCACUGUAAUAUUCCCCCUUUUUUUUAAAAAAAAAUUUAGCUAUGCUGCCAUGCCAAGGAGCUCUAGCCAGGUGCUUCGAAUUACUCACCAUUUAUUUAGAAAGCAGUUCUGUAAGCAAGAACUCCUGAGUCUUGAUCAGGCUCUAUUCCUUCAGUCAGGGCUCUAGCACCACAACAGCAGCUCUACAUCUCUUGUAAAAUGCUUAGCAAGUAAGCGUGAUAUCCUUGAGUGCUGAGGAAUUUAAACAUAGAUCAUCCAAGGCUCCGGGAGCGCCUCCUUCCAUUAGAAUACAGCAAAAUGAAAGAAGUAGCACAGCCCAGCUGUUUUACCGUGAUCAACAAAAAGGAAUAGGGUUGCAGGACUGGUAGCCUGUCAGCUCAAAGAGAAGUGUCUGAGUUGGAUAGCAAUCGGCAUGGCCUAGCCUCUAGGGUUUUUGUUCUUUAAUAAGGAGCUGAUGAGUGAAGAACAGUAAAGACGACGCACCAAUAAAUGAACGAAUAGGAAACUGAAUUUGCAUUCAACAGUGUACCAGAAUGCCUCACCACCAGAGCUGACCUGAAGUAAUGAAGAUAAAGCCCUUGGAAUGAUUACGGUAGAGUACAAAAGAACGAACGAUACUGUCUAGCUGGGAAAAGGGUUGGCUGGGAGCCCGUGCAGCACAGCAGGAACCACGUCAGCAAAGUGGAGUACAACAGGAUCUAUUUCUGAGAAUCACUGUGUGGCCUCCCGCAGUUAACACAGGAACCUAAUGAUGCCUGUAUAUUUAUAUAAUUAUAUCUUUAUAGUCAUAAUUUAAGUUCAAAACCUGAACUAUAUAUAUAUAUUUUUUGUCAGUAGAUUUUUUUACCCUGGUUUACCUAUCAUGGCUUCUGCAUAUGACAACUUCUAAUUGUGCAGUGCACACUGUUGUCUUUUUGUCCCAUGUUAGAGUAAUGGUAUCAAACUCUGUAAAGCACUUUUGUGAUGUUUCCUGUGAAGAAAGCUGAAGAAAAUAAAUUUAUCUUAACAGCAGCAACUGAAUUUAUACCUCCAA